CGCGCGCGGGUAUUUAUAAAUUAUACAGCUACGCCUAGUGGUUCUUUAGCGCGGUAUGUACGCGUUUGCGUGCCGUUGAAAUCGCAUCGAUCCGUCACUCGAGUUCGUGUCGCGAUGUACGUACAACAACGAUGCAUGCUGCAUGUGCAUUUGCGUGUAUAAACGUUCCCUCUCUCGGCGAACGAGUUUCCACGAUAAGCCACGAUAAUGUUUCGAGCGGUAACGCGCAAUUGAGCAGAUACUGCGCGUCCGUUAUCGCGAAACUCGAUUAAUUUAAUGCACUUGCUCGAAUUGACUCGAUCUGCUUCGUUCUGUCGGUAUACGUAUAUAGAUUCACCGAUCGGUCGGGUCGAUACGAUACGCAGAGUCCUUUCGAGGUUGUCCAAGUCGUGUGCGUGGCGUUCAAAGUCAUUCGGAGGUCGUAUUCGUUUCACUCGUUGGUUUAAAAGCGGUUUAAAAGUGGCGCUGAUGGCAAAGAUCGGUGCGAACCUGGUGGCGAAACGGCGCGUUAAAAAAGGUUCGUGGCGCCACUUGCAGCGGUGUGUUCGCGCACGACUGUUUCGAGUGCAGCGCUAACCACUCUGUGAUUAUUCCGCCCGAAGAAUCGCCAAAAAUAUGCAAAAAUAUGAGAAGCUCGAGAAAAUAGGAGAAGGUACUUAUGGAACCGUUUUCAAAGCCAAGAACCGCGAGACUCACGAAAUCGUUGCUUUAAAGAGAGUUCGAUUGGACGAAGACGACGAAGGUGUACCGUCGUCCGCGCUCAGAGAGAUAUGUCUACUGAAAGAGUUGAAACAUAAGAAUGUAGUGAGGUUGUACGACGUAUUGCACAGCGAUAAAAAGUUGACGUUGGUCUUCGAACAUUGCGAUCAGGACUUGAAAAAGUAUUUCGACAGUCUAAACGGAGAAAUCGAUUUGGACGUGGUCAAAUCCUUUCUCUACCAAUUGCUCCGUGGAUUGGCAUUCUGUCACAGUAGGAACGUAUUGCACAGGGACCUUAAACCACAAAAUUUGCUGAUCAACAAGAACGGCGAAUUGAAGUUAGCCGAUUUUGGACUGGCGAGAGCUUUUGGAAUCCCUGUAAAAUGCUACUCAGCGGAAGUCGUUACGUUAUGGUACCGUCCACCGGACGUUCUCUUCGGAGCAAAAUUAUACACAACGUCCAUCGAUAUGUGGAGCGCCGGUUGUAUAUUUGCUGAACUAGCAAACGCCGGUAGGCCACUGUUUCCCGGUUCGGACGUAGACGAUCAAUUGAAGAGAAUAUUCAAGAUGCUGGGUACGCCGGUCGAGGAAACGUGGCCGGAUUUUACCACUCUUCCAGACUACAAGCCAUUUCCACUCUAUCAUCCCGCUCAGGGAUUGGCUCAAGUUACGCCGAAACUCAAUUCCAGAGGCAGAGACUUAUUACAGAAGUUAUUGGUAUGCAAUCCAGCGUUACGGCUGUCGGCGGACGAAGCAAUGGUGCAUCCCUACUUCAACGAUUUAAACCCUGCCAUUAAAAACGAUCGUUGUCAGUAGUGAAUGCCACAUGAAUUGUCUCGAUCUACAGCGUAUGUCGCGAGUAGCGUAACGACCAAAAUCACGCCGGCAAAGAUCGUUUGUUAAUAUAUAUAUAUAUAUAUAUAUAA